UUUAUUCAGUGUUGAGGUGGAUGGGGCAUAGCUCCUCCAAAACCAUGCACACCUUUGGCGACCUGCGCCUCUCCUUUUGUUCUCUACAAACUGGGACUACACAAUACACCUGGUACACAUUCAUUGCCUGUCUCUGCUUCAUAAUAAAAUUAACUCCACGCCUCUUUCUUUCUGCGCAUUGUUCAUUUUUGUUUGCUCGGGUGUUCAAAUGGGGUUCUUUGGGAUGGAGUAAAUAGUCUUCGUCUGAGAUGAACUUUUCACUUUGCCUCCUUGCCCGUGCUCUCUUUUUCAUCCUUUUUCCGUCUUCUGGACUUUGAUUCCAGUUUUCCUGGUUUCAGGGGUCUGAGGACUCCCUUAUCCUGUGGUGCCUUUGUCCUUGCAUCCUGCCUGUGCACUCCAGCUCUUGGCCGCACCUUGUAGCCUUGCUGUGCUUCUGUUCUUGUCAGCACUGUAAAUUACAGUAAACACACGGUUUUGUCAGCCCCCUUUUAGUUAAAGCAUUUCAUGAUGCGUGAUUCUUAAUUCUCAAUUUCUGUCUCAGAGGUCCCCCAAAUUCACCAAAUUCUCACAGACUCCAGAAUCCAUGGAUUCUCUCCUUUUCCUCUGUGCCCGCCGAGUCGUCGCCCAGUGCCCUCUUCCUGCCCUUCCCCCCCAUCUCUAUCCCGCCCUUUUCCAAGCGGCAUUCCUGGAUGGAAGAUUCCUGGUCCUGCAGGAUUUGGUGGCCACUUGGCCUUUCCCAGUGCUCCACUUCCAGCGGCUCCUGGGACACCUGGAGCUGGACUUCUUUCAUCCCCGCCUCAAAUGUGUCCAGGCCGUCAUCCAGGGUGUGGUGGCACAUCUCCAGCGGGAGCUGGAAGAGCCCAGCCACAAUUCCAGCCUCCGCAUUCUGAACAUGAGCAUGCUCCCGGAGUCAGAGUCCUGCCACACUCUCACCGGGAUGAACUUGUGGUGCAUAACUGACAAUUUGGCAAAGGCUUGCGUGGAGAUGUCCGAGCACCUACAGGAAUUUCAGAAGCGCAGAUCCAAGCAUGACAAAGGCUGCUCCAGAGCCAACACAGCCACGGCAGCUCUGCAGUGUCCAGGCGUGGACAUCUACGCUGACCUGCGCGUCAGUAGAUGCUCCUACGGGAUCCUGUGCAACGCGCUCCAGACCGGAGCCACCGGCCUGCUGCGCAUCAAGUGCCGCAAAUUCCAAGCAGAGGACAUCUCGGCAUUUGAGAUUGCGACUUUGUUGGAAUCUCUGGAUCCGUCCUGUCUGCAGAGGGUUGAACUGCGCUUCAACAAGUUUGGAUUGGCUGGGCUCUCGGUGAUCCUGCCACACCUCUCACGCUUCCCGGAGCUGUGCAGCCUCAAGAUGGGGCACAACAAUGUGGACGUGCACAACCUGACGCCGAAAACAGCAAUGACAAUCCGCUGCGUGGCCCAGCAGCUGGGAAUGCUGUCCAGCCUCAGGGAGCUCAACCUGGGAUUUUCCCGGCUCUCUGGGAAUCUGCACCAGAUCCUCUGCGAACUCCAGACUCCGUUGGAAAGCUUGGAAUUGCCCUUCUGUGACCUCCUUCCCGCUGACCUCGCCUUCCUCUCCCAAAGCAUCCACGCUCCGGCCCUCAAAAGGUUGGAUCUGAGCAGCAACAACAUCUCCCAAGGCCUCCUGGAGCCGCUCCGGCUGCUCCUGGAGGAAACCUCAUCCUCGCUGUUGCAUUUGGAUCUCAUGGAAUGCUACAUGGCCGACUCCCACCUGGAUGCGCUGCUCCCGACGCUCCUGCGCUGCUCCCGCCUGCGCUUCCUGGGACUCCGCAUGAAUCCCCUGUCCAUGGCCGCACUCAAGGAUCUGCUCCAGAAAACCUUGGAGCUGCCGGAUCUUCACCAGGUCGUUUAUCCCAUCCCCAAGGAUUGCUACAAGAGAGGAUCGCUGGGAUUUCUUUGCAAUUUUGCUACGGGUGAAAAGCUUUUGUCAGCAGCCAGUGCGGAGAUUUCCCAGCUGCUGGCGAAUUCCUCGAGAACCGACCUCAUCUGGACUUGCAUUCCUGUAAGCUGCAGAGCCAUGGACUACUUCUCCUUGGGAUUUGGGAAAAGCUCAGAUGCAGGAAAAGCUCAGAGCCAGCAUCACGGGAAAGAUCUGCCGCCUCCUUACUGAAAUUCGGACGUUUUUCGGUGCUUUUCUGCCUCAUUUCAGUGUUUUUUUCUUUUCAUUUCAGUGCUUUUUUGCAUGGUUUUUUUAGUUUUCCACCUCGUCCUGAUGUUUUUCUGCCCCAUCCCCAG